AUGGAGACUCGUAAUUAUGGCCGCUGGUCGGAGCUCCCUACGGACAUGUUGACAUCUCUAUUGGAACGUUUGAGUGUUGUGGAUUUCCAGCGUUCUAAGUUGGUGUGUUCAAAUUGGUAUUUGUGCUCGAAACAAACGGUCCGGCCAAAACACGGACCUCCAUUGCUGAUGCUGUCUCUAGAAGAGGAUGGUUGCGUACUGUACAGCCCAGACGAAGAUAGGGUUUACGAGACGACGACCAAUAGUGACUUUUUAGGGUAUCGAUUCCUUGCAAGCUCAGGUAAGUGGUUCCUUGUGGGAGAUUCCCUAUCAAAACUCUAUAUUAUAGAUGUGUUUAGCGAGGAGAGGAUCGAUCUUCCACCUCUAGAGUCAACCGAGGGUGGCCCUUUUAGACUUGAGCGAAAAGGAGCUAAGGAAUUCAACGAGGAAUCAGUAAUUAUUAAUGGUUGCAACACUUGUAGAAUUGUUGACCACGAGGAUCUGAGAGGUGUUUUGUGGGUAGACGACAAGAAUGGAGACUACGUUGUUGUCUGGCAAUUUGGUGGCAGUGACGAAUAUUUAGGGUUUUGCAAGAAAGGGGAUGAUCGUUACCGUGAGAUUCCAACACGGAUCGGUGUACAAGGCCUAGAUGAUAUGGUACUCAAAGGUUACAAUCUUUACGUCCUUACGAGCCGUCAUUACAUUCGACACCUAGAUUUGUCUAGACAAGAUGGUUUCAAAGAUGUGUCCGAGAACCAUAUGUUUCCAUUGAGGCUGCCAAAUGUGAGUUGGGAUGAAUAUGCUAGACUAAGAGCAAAUAAGGUAAUCUCAAGCAACCGUUGCAUUGCUGUUACAACAUCAGGAGAGGUUUUGUAUGUCAUUACCAUAGCUUGCGAGACGUCAAUGAUCUUCCACGUGUACAAGAGGGAUCCUAAGGAUCUAGACCCGAAUACACACGACACAAGGCUUGUUCACGUAGAUUCUCUAGGUGAUGAAGCGCUGUUUCUUGAUUUGGGUAUCACCGUGAAAGUGGCUGCUGACCAUACUCUUGGUAUUGAGCCAAACUCCAUCUAUUUCACACGUGGUGACCGUAUCCGUCGCAAGAAAGUUACAUGCCUCGAUUUAUGUGUGUACAAUCUUGCAACAAAGACCAUCAUCAAUGAUUACCAAAACAAAACAAAGACCAUCAAACGCUUCCUCGGUCUCUGCAAUUUAAACGUCAAGGAUGCUCAGUGGUUUCUCCCUCGGUGA